CAGCAACCCCGGCAGCCAAGCGAGCGACAGAAUCGCGCAAAUCUUCGUGAGAGAUUCUCGGCUUCGGCGCGACGUAACGCGGUUGAAAAGUACUACGAUUGCCUGCAAUGUGCCGAGCAGUGCCGCCACGUGACCACUGUUGUCGUCAACAACAAUAAUCCCGGCGUGAACGCGAACAAUAAUAAUAACUUGAAGCUGGUCAAGACCGCGAAGGGGAACAAUCUGAUUCUGAAGGAGAACUAUAGAGCGGCAAAUAACGCCAUAAACUCGUCAUCGUUGAAGGAGAAUGCGAAAAUUUUGGCUCGUCUGGACGAGGGAAGAGUUUCGAAGAAUCCCAAGAGUGGUGGUAACAAUCUAGUGGCAGUGAGACCAACCGUGAAAAGCCAACCGUUACCUCUAACCCCGGCCAAAAAGAGAUCGUCCCUGGCUCGUCCCGUUCGUGUCCACGAUUCCUUCGCUCAGCCGAGAAAGUUGUUGCCUAUGAAUUACGCCUUCCAGACGUUGCAGAAGUCUGGCAACGAGUCUACAUAUGAAGAGGACGAGUACAAGGAGAGCGGUUGGCCGAUUCGGCUGAGGCUCGAGCAGAUGCUCGAGCUCACCUUGCCGCAGACCAAGAAGAGGACGAAGAAGAAGACGCCAAUGAUGCUGAUGAAGCAGCAGCAGGCCAAUAAGCACGCGUGCAAGGACACGGAGAGGCUGCUGCGCGUAUUCAGCGUGAACAAUGUGGACCAAGAUACUAGGUACAACGUCACACGGUGUUCCGUCAUGUAGAAACUCGCGUAGAUGAUUAUGUUCGUUCGUUGGAGAUUGGUUAUUGAAGAAGAUCUUUUUCUUUUUCUUUUUCUUUUUUUUUCUUUUGGAGAAUCGAGGCAUUGCAGCGCCAUCUGAACUUUUUUUCAGGAAACAUUAGACGCUAUUUAAGAUGUAUAAUUGGCUCGAGUUAGAGAGGUAAUUUUGUAAUAUGGGCCACGAUAUAGCGAGAUUGUAAAAAUACAGGAGGACAUUUUAAGGGAUAUAUAUAAUUUAAAAUUUAAUUAAUUUAAAAUUGUUCGUGUUUUUAAAGUAUUUCAUUGUUCAAGCAAUAAUAAAAAUAAAUAUUAACUUCACUAUUUUUAUUACUAGAAAGGAAAAGGAAGAAAAGUUGUGAUGUAAAUAUAAAUUUUAAUUUCAAUGCAUAUACAUCCUGUAUAUAGAGUACACUGAUUUUUGCAUUAAAGUUUUUUUUUUUUUAUCAAAGUUAGCUUUAUAUUUCUAUCCAAAACAUUUAAUUAUUUAAUAUACUAAUAAAUUUUACCUUGCUAUAUCCUAGCUCAUAUUACAUACGUUUUGGAAAAAUGAACCAUGCCAGACUUUUUUUUUUUUUUUUUAGAAAUCGAAAUGUCGAGCACCUCUUGUUCGAAAUUAAAAUUAGAAUCAAUUUUUCGAAACGGAAACUGUGUAACUUCGCACCCAAUCACGCUACAUUUUUACCAGUAAAUAAGAAAGCUCUUCGUUCAGUGUGUGACUUGUGUCUUAGUACUAUCGAUCGCUUAUUGAGUUUGAUAAAAUCAUCCAAAAAUAGAGGAGGAUCGGUAUUUAUAUCGUUUUUAACGUAAAAUACAAUUCGCGCAAUAGAGAAAUACAUUUUCGAUGAUAUCCGAAAUGGCGAAAAGAGGAAGACUUUUUGCGUUUAUCUUACAACACAACUGUUCAUUAUUUUUAUCUUCGAUGAGAAUUUGUGAAAUGAAUUUUACGAUACGUUGAAUAUAUAUUAUUAAAGAUUAAUUUUUUGGAAAAAAAAAUUAUUGUUGUCUCGAUGGAUUACAACAAUAAGAUGGUUGAUCGAAUAUUUUAAAAAGGUCGGAUAUCAUUCAAAAUGGAUGAAUACAUUUCGAGUAAUUUGCAGAGUGUGAAAAGUAUAGAGAACCAGUAUACAAAUAGGAAUCCUCUUUUCUUGGUUAGAUCGCAGAGAUUAUCCCAAUAGUCACCCGCCUGCAUCGAGAUUAAAAAAUUCCUUUUCCAUCGCUGACAGAACACUUGGUAAAUGGUGAAACUUUCUUCGCGUCGUUCGAUAUUCCAAUCGUAUAAAAAUAUAUUCGAAUGGUUGCGUUUCGGUUCGAGGAAAAUAAUUUCGAUUCUUAUGUAUAAUCUCUCGUGAAGAACUUAGAAGAACAUCACGCCAUAACUCUGAACCGAAUUAAAAAUCGCAAUCGAAAAUUCUAAUGUCCGCAACGCUUUUGUAUUUUUCACAACUAAUUCCGUCCCCGGAGAAACAUUCAAACAAGAUGAAAUUCGCGAUUUAAUUUGUUCUAUAGAUACUUCACUGCGUGAAAAAUUCUAAAAAAAAAAAAGGAAAAAAAAAAAAAAANNAAAAAAAAAAAAAAAAGAAAAAAAAAAAGUUCUCCAUUUAUCCCAUUUAUCCCAUAUUAACGACGACACGAAUGUUUAACAAUCGUUUCGUUGUGUUUUAAUUCGAAUUAAAAUUUAUCGAAGUUUUGAAGAAGAGAAUAUAAAUUAUUGGAAUGAAACGUUAUCGCCAUUGCAUUUAUAAUGGAUGCCGAUAUUUUAUCUCGAGCGUUGACCAAUUACCGUGAUCUGCAUUUACUUGAUAUUGCAUUUAUGUGUACAGGACGUUUCUGAAGAUGCGUGACGUAGCAUUAGCGAACGUUAAUAAUAAUAGUAAUAAUAAUAAUAAUAAUAAUAUAUCGAUGCAAAUAGAAAUAGGAAUUAAGUAAAAAAGGAGAAACAGGUAAAAACACGUGAAGCGUGUUAAAGGAACAGUGGCGCCAUCAAUUUGUCGCGUAUUUCCAAAAACGCUUGUACACCAAUCUUCGUUGAGUCUGAGAGAAUAAUAUAUAUAUAAACGUUGAAGAUUUUCAUUCUAUUGUAUAACGGAGAAAUAGAGAAAAUGUUUAAAAAAAAAAAAGAAGGAUAGAUUAAAAGUAUAAUUGCUGGUAAAAAAAAAAAGAGAGAGAGAAAGAGAAAAGAGAAAUUCAGAAAAUUGUUUACUCAUUCGUUAGAUCAUUGUCGAUUAGUUGAAAAUAGAAAUCAGCAAAAUAUAUUAUUCUAUUGUAAUGAGAAAAGUGUAACGAGUGACUAUUUUUCGUGUGUUUCUCAGAGUUAUAUUCUUAACGAUACACACAACACGGAUACAAAAGUUGCAUUUUUAAAGGAUAUCUAUAAUAAUUUCGAAGUAUGUCAAAGCACCAAAAUUAUUCGAGAGAGAGAGAGAGAGAGAGAGAGAGAGCGUUUCGCCACGCGUAGAAAAGAGACACAACAAGAGAGCUCCGCGUAUACUUAUUUUUUCACUAUCCAAUACUUCAGUCGAUUUUCAUGAUGAGCUGAUCUAGUCACAGAUAUGCUUUCAGUAACGUAACGUCGUCGAGUGUGUCCUGUUCCUAGUUAGAGAGAAUCCUCCUCGAUCGUAACGAGCUCGUUCGUAAAAAAAAUUCAAAGAAAUUCUUUUUUUUCUUCUUCUUCUUCUCCUUCUUUUCUUGAAAUUUUGAAAUAAUGAAAAUUUAGAAAAAAAAAUUUUGCAAGAUUCGUAGCACUCGUUGUCAU